AGCUUUCACAUGCACCAAACAACAUGGCAGCUGACAAUGUGGCAGAGGUUGAAAAGUUAAAAAAUAUAGUAAAAGAAACUACAUGUUACUUUUCUUCUGUUGUGGAGCUUAUUCCAGCUAAAUUUUAUGUUCAAAAUGAAUUCGAGGACGGUAACGUUAAACCUGGUAGGAAGAAGAAGUUAAAACCAGAAAAUAAAAAAUUGCUGGCCAAAAAGGCCAAAUUUCUAAAGUUAGAUCCAUCAAACCAUAAGACUAUAUCUGAACUACAAAAAGAAGUGGAACGUAAAGAGACAGAGUAUUUUGCAGAAGAGAUUGUUGAAAUUGCAGAACAAGUCCAACCUGUUAAGGUAUCAAGUAUUCCAAGUGCAUCUUUGGAUGAGUUGAGGGAGAAAUUACAUGCUAAAAUGCAUCAUCUUAGAGGUAAACGAAAGAUUUUAGCUGAAGAUGACAAGUUAAAAGUGAAAAAUGCACGCAUGGCGAAAAAAGAUAUAGAUACAAAGAAAAAAAAACAAAGGAAUGAAACUGAAAAUAUAAAACGUGUUAGUGAGCUUGAGGAGAAAUCAAUAAAUGGCGAUAUAAAAAAUAUCAAGGGAGAGGUAGUUUUUAGUAAGUUUGAUUUUGCCGUUGGUAUAUCUGACAAUAAGAAAAAAAAGAAAGCGGAUAUUAAAAAAUUAUUACAAAUUGCUGAGAAAAAGCAAGAAAAAAUAAAGAAUUUGCAACAAGAAGAUUCGGGUAAAGCAAAUGCCUUAAAGAAAAAGAUAGCAUGGGACAAUGCUGUCAAGAAAGCUGAAGGACAGAAACUUAAAGAUGAUCCUAAACUUCUUAAAAAGUCUAUAAAAAGAAAGGAAAAGUUAAAAGAAAAAAGUAAGAAACGUUGGGAUGAUAGAACUGCUACUGUUGCUAAUGAAAAAGAGGAAAAACAAAAAUUAAGAAAGCAACAUUUAAGAGAGCGCAGGGAUGAGAAAUUAAAUAAAAAGAAAGGAGUAAAAAAGGUCAAGAAAAAGUCAAGGCCUGGUUUUUAGGGUUUGGAUUUGGCAUAUAAAUCACUUUUAUUUUUUGUUGAAAUACAUAUACUAAUCUUAUCAAA